AGCGGCAGACGCUGCACACCUGGCCACGGCGCCCAGCUCCUGCUCCUGCCCUGGCGGCCAUGGACGGGCAGCAGAUCCCAGCCCUGUGGGACACCUAUGAGAACAGCAUGUCGGAGAUCAGCCAGAAGUUACAGGGGGAAUACUUCUGGUACAAGGGCAUCCCCUUCCCCGUCGGCUUGUACUCACCAGAGAGCAUCAGCCUGGCAGAGAACACCCCAGACGUGCGCGACGAUGAUAUCUUCAUCAUCACCUACCCCAAGUCAGGUACCAAUUGGAUGAUUGAGAUCCUCAGCUUAAUUUUGAGAGAUGGGGACCCCUCCUGGAUCCGUUCAGUGCCCAUCUGGGAGCGUGCGCCCUGGUGUGAGACCAUCAUGGGUGCCUUCAGCCUCCCGGACCAGUCCAGCCCACGUCUCAUGAGCUCCCAUCUCCCCAUUCAUAUCUUCACCAAGGCUUUCUUCAACUCCAAGGCCAAGGUAAUCUACCUGAGCCGGAACCCCCGCGACGUCGUGGUCUCUCUCUAUCAUUAUUCUAAGAUUGCAGGACAACUGAAGGACCCAGGCACACCAGACCAGUUCCUUCAGAACUUCCUCAAAGGAGAAGUGCAGUUCGGCUCCUGGUUCGAUCACAUUAAGGGCUGGAUCCGAAUGCGAGGCCGAGAGAACUUCCUGUUUAUCACUUAUGAGGAGCUGCAGCAGGACCUGCGAGGCUCCGUGGAGCGCCUCUGUGAGUUCCUGGGCCGGUCUCUGGGCGAGGAGGCGCUGGGCUCCGUGGUGGCACACUCCGCCUUCGGAGCCAUGAAAGCCAACACCAUGUCUAACUACACGCUGCUGCCCCCCAGCUUGUUGGACCACCGCCAGGGGGCCUUCCUGCGCAAAGGGGUCUGCGGUGAUUGGAAGAACCACUUCACUGUGGCACAGAGUGAAACAUUUGACCGGGUCUACCGUGAGCAGAUGCAGGGGCAGCCAAGCUUCCCCUGGGAUGUGGACCCAGAAGCCAUCAGCCAGGACCAAAAACCUGACCCUGAGCCCAGCCCUGGCCCUGGCACCGCCUCAGAUGACCCCCACCCAGGAUCCUCACAAUAAACUUAUCACUCUGAU